AUGGAAAAGUUCACAAAGGUCCGAAAUAUUGGAAAGGGCAACAUGGGAGCCUGUGUGCUUGCCCGCAACAACGAGGAUGGUAAGUAUUAUGUGAUCAAACAAGUAGACCUUAGCAAGAUGAAUAGGAAAGAACGGCAGCAGAGUUUAAAUGAGGCACACGUAUUGAGUUCCUUACGUCAUCCUAAUAUUAUUAAUUACGUGGAUAGUUUUCUCUCACGUAGGUCUGAUUAUCUAUGCAUUGUCAUGGAAUUUGCUGAUAGUGGUGAUUUAAGUACACGUAUAAAGAAAUCUUAUGGUGUAAACUUUCGGGAAUCGCAGGUACUUGAUUGGCUUAUUCAAAUGAUACUAAGUCUCUCCUAUAUUCACCAACGCAAGAUCUUACACCGUGAUAUAAAAUCACAGAAUGUAUUUUUAACAAGUCAGAAUAUUGUAAAACUUGGUGAUUUUGGGAUAGCGCGAACACUUAGUGGUACAUAUGAUCAAGCCAAAACAUUUGUAGGAACUCCAUAUUAUCUUUCACCUGAACUUAUAUUAGAACGUCCAUAUGAUCAUCGUAGUGAUGUAUGGGCACUUGGUGUAGUUCUUUAUGAACUUCUAACACUUAAACAUCCAUUCAACGCAAGUAGUAUGAAAGGAUUAAUGCAGCGUAUUCUUAAAGUUCAAUAUGAUCCAGUUCCUCAAAUCUAUACAGCAGAGAUGCGAAAUAUUGUACCUCGUCUCUUAACCAAAGAGCCCUCACAACGGAUUAAAUUAGAGGAAUUAAUAGAACUUCCUAUUAUCCAACGUCGUCUUCGGGAAUGGAUGUUAGCAGAUGUGAUGCCGAAAAAUUAUAUUGAAACUCUUCUUCGUCAGGGACUUCUCCCACCGGCGAUUGCGGCUUUGCGGAAGUUUGAUGGACCGACCCCAGUGGAGAUUCCACAACCACAACUGCCAGCAUUAGGAUUAGCGAAGGAAACAACACUAACACCAAUACCAACAACAACAACACCCAUCACUACUACUACUACUACUACUACAGCGACAACAACAACAACAACAACAACGGCAACGACCAACAAUAAUAAUAAUAAUAAUAAUAAUAAUAAUAAUAAUAACAAUAUUAUUAUGACUGCACAGCCGCAUGGGAAUCUUUCCGUAGAGAGAAAACCGUUACUUCCACCAACAAACCAAAUAGCCCCAAUGAUGAUACAACCAUCAUCCUCACUAUCACAACUCCAACUUCCAUUCCAACAAUAUCAAUCCCAAUAUCAAUCACACGCCCAAGCCCAUCCACAUCCACAACAACAUUAUCCCUAUCAGGCCCCACUGAAGCGAACGUCAAAAGAGACACAUCACGUACCGCUGCUGCGGCCCUAUCGCCGUGGACAGCCGUCGUAUCUCAUGUACAAAAACAUCAACGGCGGCUACAACUCCCCCGCAACGCCAACUUCACUGCAGCAGCGCCGCUCGCGUCUCUCCACCUCCACGUCUCUGCAGGCGAUCCCAACAGCGCGCGUCCCAUCACGACAGCCGGCCGUCACGGACGCCACACCGCCGCACAUUGACGCCACGGCCGCGGGAGUUCCCGCAAGUAGUUCCAUCGCACACCGCAGUUUUCCAAACACACACGCCAUCGCAGGCAUUUCGCUGCCAACACGUGAGGAAGACACACGAACGGAGGCGAGUCAUCAUAUGAAUGAACACCGUGUGCGGAAGCGUAGUCAGAUGGACUCGGAGUCUGUGGCCUCAUGUCUCAAUCCAUUCUUUCACAGACCGUCGAAUAAUCCACCGGCGCCGCUGCCGUAUUUGGCCGGGGCACAAAAUAUGGAUAUAAAGGCAAUGCUGCAACGGGCUGCGUUGGAACGGGCACAGCGACGGGCAAUACCGUGA